GAGAUAAGAAAACAUCCCAGCCGGGAAGGGAACGUUCAGAAGUCAGAAAACGUGGGGGCAAUGCACAUGAUAAAGCUUUCGCGUUACUUCUUCGAAAAAGACGCUCUCCAAUGGAAAGCAACGUGACUGGAGAUUUCAUGUUGUCGCUGGGCAUGGAUUUAAGUAGAGUGCUGGUUGUAGUUUUCAGCAUGGUUGUCUCUGAACUGUCUCACGUUCACACUAGACCAAUUGACUUUGUGUGUGACAGCGAGGCCAGGAGAGUGAUGAACAAGGUGAAGGACCUACAAGAAGAAAAGGUAGUCUGCAGUGGCGUAGACGCUCUCCCCUCUUCUAUUCAAUUACCAUGCAUCAGCAUUCACAAAGCAACCUGGGAGAGAAAAUCAGUACAGGAGCGUAGGGCCGAGAUCCUGCUGUCUCUGGGGACUCUAGCGCAGGAUGUUCGGUCUGCCAAGACACUCAGCCAACCUGGCUGUGGACUCACUCUGCUGAAGCGCUUGGAACACAGUAUCAACAACUACCUGCAUGUAGUCAGACUACUCCACGUGGAGCAGGGGGAGCAGGAAGGGCCAGCGGUAGAGAGUUGUCUGGGUCAGCCCUCGAAGGAUUUGGGUUUGGUGUUGAAGUACUUUGGGCUUCUGCUCACAGGCAAGCUAGAGUUGCUAAUUGCAGAGAUGGCAAAAUGGUGCUAGACAGAAAAAAGUUCUCAUCUUGGCCUUUGUUCAACCUUGUAUAAUGGGACCAAGCAGACCCAAUCAAUUUUAACGAUGGUCCUUUUUCAAGACAAUGGAGGGCAAUGCACUUUGCCAAAGACCAGACUUACACAGAGAGAGAAAAAAAGUACAGUGUGUAAAUGAAAACACUGUGCCAUCUACUGGAUUAUAUCUGAACUGACUCACCUGUUGAGAUGCACCCACUGGACUUAUACAACAGACAAACUGUUCUGAAGUAAAAACCAGUGAGUCCUCAAUGCUAUUUUAUAUAACAGAUUGUAUUUAUUUGUUUUAUAGCUUGCAUGAAGGUUGAAUUGUCUCUGCUAAUAUAGAAGACCUCUGGAAGCAAAUAAAAAGAGCAGGAUGCACAGCAGAUUGCAGAGGUAUAUGAAAGUCACUUUACAUAACACUCCUAGUUUUAAUUAUAGAUUUUUUUUUUGGAUAUUUCACAAGGACACAUGAUCAAAUGCAAAUUUUAUUGCAUUGGGAUGCCAAUGCAGUUG